AUGAGCUCCAUCGUUUUUGUGGUUUCAGCUCUGGAAGCUAUACAUAAUUCAAAAGAGGCUCAAAAAAGAAAAGGAUUGGGAGAAUCAGUUGAGAAAGCUUUGAAGGAAAUUAAAGAACAUGAGCCUCAAUUACCUGACCCCGAAAUCAUUUUCGAUCCAUUACAACAAGCCACACGAUCCGGAAGUAUUCCAUUAACUACGACGGCGUUGGAUUGUAUCGGAAAGCUUAUUAGCUACUCUUACUUCUCUGUUCCUUCGUCGCCAAACGCAGACAGAGAGGCCGAUCGUGCGCCAUUGAUCGAACGAGCGAUAGAUACUAUAUGCGAUUGCUUUCAGGGAGAGACUACGCCGGUCGAAAUUCAAUUGCAGAUUGUAAAAUCAUUAUUGGCAGCAGUUUUAAAUGACAAAAUUGUGGUUCACGGGGCAGGAUUGUUGAAGGCAGUGCGACAAGUUUACAAUGUCUUCCUACUUUCAAAAAGUAGUCCGAAUCAACAGGUCGCGCAAGGGACAUUGACACAGAUGGUUGGAACAGUUUUCGAAAGAGUGAAGACAAGGAUACAUAUGAAGGAGGCCAGAUUGAACCUUUCGAAAUUGGACAAAAAUCCCGAAAAUACUAGUUCAUUCACGGUCGAUGCCCAAGAGUCAUUGAAUGACGUGCCUGAAAGUAGUGUGGGAGAAGAGGUAGCGGAUGAAUCUGCGACAGUGGAAGAACCCUCGAAUGGAGAUGCGCCAAAGCUCACACUCAAAGACCUCGAGCAUCGAAAGAGUUUCGACGAUUCGCAGAUGGGAGAAGGGCCAACCAUGGUGACACAAGUAAAGCCCGCGAAAGCCUCACCUCGAUCCGUAUCGGAACAAACUGCCCCGGACAGUGGUACUGAUGAUAGUAUAGAAUCCGAGGAUAUGGAAGAUGAGGUUUAUAUAAGGGAUGCAUAUUUGGUCUUCAGAUCGUUUUGCAAUCUUAGUACCAAAAUUCUUCCACCGGAUCAGUUAUUCGAUGUAAAAGGCCAAGCCAUGCGCUCAAAGUUAAUCUCUCUUCACCUCAUUCACAUGCUGCUCAAUAAUAAUAUGCUCGUCUUCACUUCCCCAUUAUGUACGAUUACCAACAGCAAAAGCAACGAGCCCACUGGUUUCCUACAAGCUAUUAAAUUCUACCUAUGUCUUAGCAUAACUCGCAAUGGUGCAAGCUCUGCUGAACGAGUCUUCGAAAUUUGUUGUGAAAUUUUCUGGCUGAUGCUAAAAUUCAUGAGAGCCCCGUUUAAGAAAGAAAUUGAAGUUUUUUUGAAUGAGAUAUAUCUAGCACUCCUAGAAAGACGAAAUGCGCAUGCUUUCCAAAAGCUCCAUUUCAUGGGCAUCCUCCAUCGAUUUUGCGCCGAUCCUCGUGCGCUUGUAGAGACAUAUCUGAAUUAUGAUUGCGAUCGGAAUGUUGAUAAUAUGUUCCAGACCUUAAUUGAAGACCUGUCCAAGGCAGCGAGCGCUGCUGUCAUGGUAAGCCCUCUUGCCCAGCAGCAAUACGAAGAGAAGAAUAGUAAAAGUUCGGGUGGGGAUUGGCAAGCUCGAGGCACCUUUCCCCCGCCGCUAUCCACAGCACAUUUGAGUAGCAAUACCGAAAACGGAGAACUAGAAAUUCCCAAAGAGUAUAUUGUGAAACGACAAGCUAUGGAUUGUCUUGUGGAGACACUCAGGUCACUAGUCAAUUGGUCACAGCAAGGGAUUGCCGAUGUUACUAGUGGUCCGGACAGCGACAUUAGAGCUUCCGCUGAUGUCAGAGAGUCCUUGGAGCCUGGGAACGACAGCUCGUCGAGAAUCACUGGUGAAAAUACACCGAUGCCUUCAACACCUAUCAUGGAUGAUGACCCUGAACAUUUGGAGAAGGAGAAGCAGAGAAAGACUGCAAUGACAAAUGCCAUCAAGCAAUUUAAUUUCAAACCAAAAAAAGGCAUAAAGCUUUUACUUGCCGAUAAGUUCAUAGCGGAAGACACGCCGGAAUGUAUCGCGCAAUUCCUACUGCGAGAAGAUAGGUUGGAUAAAGCACAAAUUGGAGAGUUUUUGGGUGAAGGAGAGGAACGUAACAUUGCGAUCAUGCACGCAUUUGUGGAUGCUAUGGACUUCACUAAACGUCGAUUCGUGGAUGCUCUACGUCAAUUUUUACAAUCUUUUCGUCUUCCUGGUGAGGCCCAGAAGAUUGAUCGUUUUAUGUUGAAGUUUGCAAAUCGCUAUGUUGUUGGCAAUCCAAACGCAUUUGCCAAUGCAGAUACCGCUUACGUCUUGGCUUACUCUGUCAUCAUGUUGAACACUGACCAACACAGUAGUAAAGUUGCCAAGAGAAUGACCAAGGAAGAUUUCAUCAAAAACAAUCGUGGUAUCAACGACAAUGCAAACUUACCAGAUGAAUAUCUUAUUGGCAUCUACGAAGAGAUUCAGAACGAAGAGAUCGUACUCAACAGUGAGCGCGAAGCUGCAGCAGCCACGGGUAACGUUCCUCCACAGUCUGGCGGUGGUAUUGCGGCAGGUCUUGGGCAAGCUUUGGCUACAGUUGGACGUGAUUUGCAGCGUGAAGCCUAUUUACAACAAUCCGAGGAGAUUUCACAUAGAUCAGAACAACUAUUCAAGAACCUUUUCCGAAAUCAACGAAAGAAUGCAUCCAAAUCCGUAGACAAAUUCAUCCCCGCUACUUCAUUCAAGCACGUCGGUCCGAUGUUUGAGGUAACUUGGAUGUCUUUUUUCUCCGGGCUCUCUGGUCAAAUGCAGAAUUCGCACAAUAUUGAGAUCAUCAAGUUAUGCAUCGAAGGCAUGAAAUUAGCGAUCCGCAUUGCUUGUCUUUUCGAUCUGGAAACUCCACGUGAAGCUUUCGUUUCUGCUCUCAAGAACUCCACUAAUCUCAACAACCCAAGGGAUAUGAUGGCCAAGAAUGUCGAGGCAUUAAAGGUUCUCCUUGAAAUUGCACAAACUGAAGGCAAUCUUUUGAAAGGAUCAUGGCGAGAUAUUCUCAUGUGCAUCAGUCAACUGGAUCGCUUGCAGUUAAUAUCUGAUGGAGUCGAUGAAGGUGCUAUUCCAGACGUUUCGAAAGCCCGAAUUGUUACUCCAUCUCGAUCCGACACCAAUUCAUCAAGAAAGUCUACCGCUUCACAGCGACCUAAAUCUCGUCCUAGGACGAAUACACAAAGUACAACCUAUUCAAUCGAGAUCGCAAUGGAAAGCAGGUCUGACGAAGUUAUCAAGGGGGUGGAUAGGAUAUUUACAAACACUGCCAAUCUUUCCGGUGAAGCCAUUGUACACUUUGCCAGAGCUCUGACUGAGGUCAGUUGGGAUGAGAUCAAGAUAUCAGGCUCUAACGAAUCUCCACGUACAUACAGUCUUCAGAAACUCGUGGAAAUCAGUUACUACAACAUGACUCGUGUUCGGUUUGAAUGGACCAACAUUUGGGCUGUUUUGGGUGAACACUUUAAUAGAGUUGGAUGUCAUAACAAUACUGCCGUGGUGUUCUUUGCUUUGGAUUCAUUGCGUCAACUGUCCAUGCGAUUUAUGGAAAUUGAGGAACUUCCCGGAUUCAAAUUUCAAAAAGACUUCUUGAAGCCGUUCGAGCAUGUAAUGUCGAAUUCAAACGUUGUCUCUGUGAAGGAUAUGGCUUUACGGUGUUUGAUACAAAUGAUCCAAGCCCGUGGGGAGAACAUUCGCUCCGGAUGGAGAACAAUGUUCGGCGUUUUUACGGUCGCAGCUCGUGAGCCAUACGAGAGCAUUGUCAACCUUGCUUUCGAAAAUGUUAACCAAGUAUACAAAACUCGGUUCGGUGUUGUCAUCUCCCAGGGCGCAUUUGCAGAUUUAAUCGUCUGCUUGACUGAGUUCUCAAAAAAUAUGAAAUUCCAAAAGAAGGGUUUACAAGCUAUGGAGGCAUUGAAAUCAAUUAUUCCCAAGAUGUUGAAAACCCCAGAGUGUCCCCUGUCUCACAAAUCAGAUGCAAACUCGGACGGCUCUGUGAAAACUCCAGAAACAGCUACAAAUCCGGUCAGUCGCACGACUCAAGAGGAAGCCUUUUGGUUCCCCGUUUUAUUCGCCUUUCACGAUGUUCUUAUGACUGGGGAAGAUCUGGAGGUUCGUUCCAAUGCUUUGAACUACCUUUUCGAAUCAUUAAUCAGGUAUGGCGGUGAUUUCCCCUCGGACUUCUGGGAUAUCCUGUGGCGACAGCUUCUUUAUCCUAUCUUCAUGGUGCUCAAAUCGAAGUCGGAGAUGUCCAACGUUGUUAAUCAUGAGGAGUUGUCUGUAUGGCUAUCGACAACAAUGAUUCAAGCUCUCCGAAACAUGAUCACUUUAUUCACUCACUAUUUUGAAUCGCUUGAAUACAUGCUGGAUAGGUUUCUUGAUCUCCUUGCUUUAUGUAUAUGUCAAGAGAAUGACACAAUUGCUCGAAUCGGCAGUAAUUGUUUGCAGCAAUUAAUCUUGCAGAAUGUCACAAAAUUCAAACCACAGCAUUGGUCAAAGAUAGUUGGGGCAUUUGUAGAGUUGUUUGAAAGGACUACUGCAUAUCAAUUAUUCUCCGCUGCAACAUCAUCUGCAGCUGGCGGUAUUAUGGAGAGCUCUACGCCAGCAAUGGAUGAUCUUGAAGAUGAUCAAUCUCUAAAAAUCAAUGGUACAAAUGGCGCUGCGGCAUCGGAUGCCGAAAGCAUUGCCGAGCAAGAGGGUCAGACGCCGGUCGCUCAGACUCCAGAUUUAGAAGACUACAAGCCACAAUCAGGUCUUCAACAACAGCCGGUGGUCGUCACUGCAGCUCGCCGGCGCUUUUUUAAUAAAAUCAUUACUAGAUGUGUUUUACAACUUUUGAUGAUCGAGACAGUUAAUGAACUUUUCUCAAACGAUACUGUGUAUGCACAGAUUCCUAGCCCAGAACUACUCAGGCUCAUGGCUCUACUCAAGAAGUCUUUCUUGUUUGCCAAAAAAUUCAACGAAAACAAGGAACUUCGCAUGCGCCUGUGGCGUGAAGGAUUUAUGAAACAGCCACCCAACUUGUUGAAGCAAGAAUCUGGCAGUGCAGCGACAUAUGUGUCUAUUCUACUUAGAAUGUACCAUGACGAAGGUGAAGAGCGAAAACGAAACCGUGCAGAUACCGAACAAGCUUUAGUGCCAUUAUGUGCCGAUAUCAUCCGUGGUUUUACACAGCUUGAAGAAGAGAGUCAACAAAGGAAUAUUAUUGCAUGGCGACCGGUAGUUGUAGAUGUUUUAGAAGGGUACACGAAUUUCCCACAAGAAGGAUUCGAGAAGUACGUCGAAAUAUUCUAUCCACUCUCAGUGGAUUUACUUUCUAGGGAUAUGGGUGUGGAAAUUAGAUUGGCGUUACAAGGACUUUUACGACGGGUUGGAGAGGUCAAAUUAGGUCUUCCACCAUCGGCUAGACCAAGUACACCAAUAAGUCCUACUUCAGCUCAAUUUGGACGUGGAAGACGAAUGAGUCGUAGGGAUUAA